GAUAACCACAUUUGAAUCAUGAUGCCGUUUCCAACCGUUUCCGAUUUCAAGUUCCAUUCGUUGAUUACCGCGUCCCAAAACUCUAAGACGGUUAGCGCCAAAAAUCAUUCUUUUUUUUGAGAGCCGUCCGAUUAUUUUCACCCAAAAAAAAGAAAAAGAAAAAAAAAAGAGACGUUCGAUUAAUAAAAUUCCCCACCUCAACGUCCCUAGGACGCUUAGUACCGUUUGGUAUAAUUCAUCCACUCGUCUGUUCCAUACUGAGUUGACUCACUUCGAGUUUAAAGCACCAGAAAACUUUGUGCCGAGCUAGAGAGCACCGACUAAUCUAAAUAAUAAUAUUAAAAGCCACUGACCAACAGUUCCACGGCCCAUGAGCUGCCGAGUCAUACCGAGUUCGACCGAUUUCACUCGGAAUCUCUAUACAGCGACCCUUGUCUGUGUCAUCAGCUUUGCCACUUUCCAAGUCUCUCAGUCUCUGUACCGCCAUAUUCUCCGCAAUUCAAGAAAUCGCCAUCGAAUCAUGUCCUCCUCUUCCGCUUCUUCUUCAUCCAAAAACGACGCCGAAUCGCUUCGUUGCAACCGUAUUCUCUCUAGCAAGCUCUACCUGGACGUUCCCACCUCCAAGGUGCCGUUGAUUUACUCGCCCACUUAUGAUAUCUCUUUCCUUGGGGUAGAGAAGCUGCACCCAUUUGAUUCUUCAAAAUGGGGUCGGAUAUGUGGGUUCCUAAUCGCGGCUCGGGUUUUGGACAAAAAAUGUAUCGUAGAGCCUUUGGAAGCUUCAAAGAAUGAUCUCCUUGUGGUUCAUACUGAACAAUACUUGAAUAGUUUAAAGAACAGUACAAAAGUUGCUGAAAUUAUUGAGGUACCUCCUGUGGCACUAUUUCCAAAUUGUCUUCUUCAGCAAAAAGUUCUUUACCCAUUCCGUAACCAGGUGGGAGGAACUAUUUUGGCUGCAAAGCUUGCAAAAGAGCGAGGAUGGGCCAUCAAUGUUGGUGGAGGAUUUCAUCAUUGUUCUGGGGGAAAAGGAGGUGGAUUUUGUGCCUAUGCAGACAUUUCUCUUUGCAUACAUUUUGCCUUUGUUCGACUAAAUAUAUCGAGGGUCAUGAUUAUUGAUCUGGAUGCACAUCAAGGAAAUGGCCAUGAGAUGGAUUUUGCCCGUGACAGUCGAGUCUAUAUUCUGGAUAUGUUCAACCCUGAAAUAUAUCCAUUUGAUUAUGAGGCAAGAAGAUAUAUUGAUCAGAAGGUUGAAGUAGUGAGUGGCACUACCACGAAUGUGUACUUAAAGAAAUUAGAGGAAGCACUUGAGGUCGCCAUAGGUACAUUUGAUCCUGAGUUGAUAGUCUACAAUGCUGGAACUGAUAUUCUAGAUGGAGAUUCACUUGGAAGAUUGAAGAUUAGUCCUGAUGGGAUAACAACUAGAGAUGAGAAAGUUUUCAGUUUUGCUCGUGAGAGGAACAUUCCCAUCGUUAUGCUUACAUCAGGUGGCUAUAUGAAGUCGAGUGCGAGAGUUAUAGCCGAUUCGAUAGUCAAUCUCUCUAAGAAACGCCUUAUAGAUACGACAAAACCAUGAAUGUGGCAUGAAGUUCUAUGUGUGGAAUACCGUCAGGUGGUCUGCAACUUGAUGACGUGGGAUUUUGGAUUAGUUUGUGUGUGGUUGUAAUUAAAAUGAGAUGUGUAUGAGUUCAUGAUCGUUUUCCUUUUUUGGUCACGGAAUGCAGUAUAUAUGCUCAUCACACGCUGUGUAGUACAUAAGCAAAGCAGUAGUGAUGAAUGAGAUAAGUCGGAUCCCCACGUUUUUAUGUAAAUAGUCAAUUAAACUGUGAUUAUAAUUGUACAA